UGGUCCCGUUUUUAUAUAGCAAAUGGGUGCUAAAAAGAUUCUGUCUAGCGAGUUCCAUCCUGAAUAACCGAAUGUGUGUUGCUGGGCCAACGUACGUUAUAUCGAAAUGGCUAAUCAGUUUUGAUUCAACAUAUUUGACACUGUAUUGUGUCAUUUAAACUAUGUCUCUCCCAAAUUCCGACGCAGAGGAAAAGGCUGGAUUUUUCAUCGCGCCUAGUAUAGAAAGCGAAUGGGGUGAAGACAAUAUAGACCAUCAGACACUUCUUUUGCAAAGAGCUGAUGCACUAGCUUCAGAAAAUCGUCUUAAAGAGGCUAUUGAUGUGUUUUCAAUGGCUCUGAGAUAUGGAUGUGUCAGACCCGAAAAGCUAAGCACUUUACUGGACUGCAUACUGCGGAACUUCAAAAAGAAUGUUGGAGGGGAGCCGGCUGCACAGCCGACCGUCAAAACAAGGGACAGUGAGAGCAACGCCGCUGAUGUGUUCAGUUGUCCUGGUUGUGCCAGGUUCCUUGGCGAGCCAGUGACAAUUGUCUGCGGACAUUCCUAUUGCAAACGAUGUUUACAACGACACAUGUUCUCCAAGUGCAAGCUUUGCGGCGAGGAUGUUACGAGUGUGUCCGGGGAGCUGAGACCGAAUGUGGUCCUCUGUAGCUUAUUAGAAAAGUUGUUUCCUGAUGAGAUCAAGAGGUGUAAGGAAAUUGCCGAAAUCGAAGAUCUGUCGAGAAGAAAACAUUUCGAAGAGGCUGUGACGCUAGCCAAUAAUGUGGUCAAAUCAGAUCCCGGUGAUGUUCUGGUGCGGCUGUGCCGGGCCGAGGCCCUAGCUGGACUGGGACAGUACACGCGUGCGCUCAGGGACCUGGAGCCACUGUGCGUGAGCUCGACUAAAUGGCCAGAGGGUUACUUCCGGAAGGGUCUGAUCCUGCAGGAGAUGGGGCAGGUGGAGAACUCGCUGCUCAUGCUGCUGCACUGCCUGGCCCUGGACCAGCACUACACCCUGGCUAAGAAGGAGCUGGAGAAGAGGCUUCACCAGCUGCUGUCUCCCGCUGUGGAGAAUGUGAAGGUGGGCCUCCGGGAGACGGUCCAGAGUGCCUCCCCCCACCUGUGGAGUAAGACCGUGGUGGGGGAGGUCCAGGAGGAGGACGUCCAGGCUGCCCCGCUCCUCGAAGACUCUGAAGAGAAUGGCGGUGCGAGCCGGUCAGAGAGCCCGGAGAGGCGGAGUCUAAGCCGCGCCCACUCGCUGCGAACCCACGGGUGCCCCGACGGGCCGCCGGGGGAGGAGGGGCUGAAGAGGGUGUGCUCGGCCCCCCAGCUGGGGGACCAGGGGAAGGGGGCACUGCUGAAGAGGAAGCUCUCUGUGUGUGAAGCUGGCCCCUCCUUCAUCUACAGCAUGGGCAACAAGCAGAAGAAGCAAGGAGGCUCAGAAAGUGUGGGAGCUGCCACUGGUACCAGCAUGCCCUGCAUGACCGUCCCUCUGGAGUUACUGCAGGCCAGUGACUUUGAGUGCUCCCUCUGCAUGAGGUUAUUCUAUGAGCCGGUGACCACGCCCUGCGGACACACCUUCUGCAAGAGCUGCCUGGAGCGCUGCCUGGACCACACCCCUCAGUGUCCCCUCUGCAAGGAAAGCCUGAAAGCGUACCUAGCAUCUAGGAAGUACAACAUCACUGCCGUUCUGGAGGAGGUGAUAAAGCAAUACUUGCGUGAGGAGCACUUGGAGAGGAAGAGGAGUCAGACGGAGGAGACUAAGGAGCUCUCAGACCUGACGCAGAGGGUGCCCGUGUUCGUGUGCACCAUGGCCUACCCCACCGUGCCCUGCCCGCUGCACGUCUUCGAGCCGCGGUACCGCCUCAUGAUCCGCCGCUGCAUGGAGACGGGCACCCGGCAGUUUGGGAUGUGCAUCCAUGACCCACGGAAAGGGUUUGCGGAUUACGGCUGCAUGCUGCUGAUCCGGAGCGUGCACUUCCUGCCGGACGGCCGCUCGGUGGUGGACACGGUCGGCGGGAAGCGCUUCCGGGUUCUGGAGCGCGGCAUGAAGGACGGGUACUGCACCGCCAACAUCCAGUACCUGGAGGACGCGCGGGUGAGCGGCGCGGGGGAGCUGUCCGAGCUGCAGGGGCUGCACGACGGCGUGUACGAGCAGGCGCGCGCCUGGUUCCGCCAGCUGAAGAGCCGCUUCCGGGCGCAGAUCCUGCAGCACUUCGGCGCCAUGCCCGAGAGGGAGCCCGACAUCCAGGCGACUCCAGAUGGGCCGGCCUGCUGCUGGUGGUUGCUGGCGGUCCUGCCUGUUGACCCCCGGUACCAGCUGUCCGUGCUCUGCACCACGUCCCUGCGGGAGCGGCUCCUCAAGAUCCAGCACAUUCUCACCAUCUGCGGAGCGUCCCCAACCAGCGGCUCCUCCCCGCCCUGCUCAUGACCGCCCGCCC